AAGCUCACUCCGGAGCCCCCGGGCGCCCCUGGAGGCCUCGUGCUGCGCGGGGAUCCCCGAGGCCCCCCGUAAAGCCCAGCUUUGUAGCUCAUUCCUGAGGGGCCCCAUGCCUCCAAGCUCCGGUCCAAGCACCCGAAGCCCUGCCGGCCUGGGCAGAUUGUUAGAAUAUUUGCCCGUCAGCACCCUCUCAGGGAGGAAUGCUAGAUGCUGCCACCAUGUCAAGGGGCCCCAAGGGGAAGGGCCCUGCCAAGCUGUCACUCACGCCGCGGCCGACCCAGAGAUAAGCGGAGGCGAGGGCUCGCAGACGCCGGGCCCCGCGCAACCGUGCGGGCUGGGCUGCGGACUGUGGACGGCAAUGAGCUGCCGGGGCCCCUCGCCCGCGUGAACGCCCGAGGCCGUGGCUUCCGUGACUCAUCGUCCUCGCGCAGCCGCCUCAGGAUGUCGGGAGCCCCCCAGGAGGGUUUGGAGCCCCGGGGGCCACCGGCGGCCGGCAAGGCCUGCCUGACCACCAUGGACACGAAGCUCAACGUGCUGAACGAGAAGGUCGACAAGCUCUUGCACUUCCAAGAAGACGUCACGGAGAAACUGCAGUGUGUGUGCCAGGGCCUGGGCCACCUGGAGCAAGGUCUACACCGGCUGGAGGCCCGUCAGGUCCCGGGCCCCGCUGGGGCCGCCCGCACCCCCGCAGCCGCCGCGCAGGCCGGGUGGCCCGAGGUCCUGGAGCUGGUGAGGGCCGUGCGGCAGGAGGCGGCCCAGCACGGCGCCAGGCUGGAGGCCCUGCUCGGGAUGCUGGUGGCCGUGGACAAGGUGGUGGCCGUGGUGGGGGCCGUGUUCCAGAACUCGAAGGUCGUGGACUUCAUCAUGCAGGGGAGCGUGCCCUGGAGGAAAGGCAGCCUGGCCGACGGCCCCGUGGAGAACAAAGAUCGAGUAGAAGAGAAAGGAGCCAAACCAAAGCAUGCGCUGAGCACCAGAGCCGUGCAGGCCGAGAUCAGGGGGCCCUGGGAAGAGAGCCGGAGGGCGGCCCCGCCGGAGGGCCCAGCGGCCAGGCCGGCGCCCGUCAGCGCCUCGGGGCCAGGAGCAGACGUGUCCACGCAGGCGGAGGCCCUGCGGCGGCAGGAAGAUGCGGUUCCUGGCCCGGGCCCUGAGCCCCCCGGCCUCCUGCCGCUGCCUGAGAGCCCGGGCACCGGCCGGGGAUGGUCUGCAGCAUCCCCUAGGCUCGGGGAGGCCCCCCGCACAGACCAGGGAGCAGCAUUCGGGGGGCCUGACCUGCCACCAGGGCUGCCCAGCCCGGCCCCGGCCACGCAGGCCGCCGGAGAGCCGCCUCCCAGGCUCGCCAUCCACGUGCAGGAGACGGACACGCCCGGGGAGCUGCUUGUGACACGCGCGGCCGGCCUCAGCCCCGCACCCCCCGUGGAGGCCCCGGCUGCGGCCCGUCGGGGGGAGCAGGACCCACCUGGGCCCCCCCUGCGGGCCCCCGCCACCAAGUCAGCAGGCCAGACCCCGAGAGGAGCCGGCGGGAGGCCCCCACCGCGGGAGCGCAGCGACGCCGAGGGGGAGCAGGUGCCCGGGGCCGAGGCCACCGGGGGUCCGAGCGGGGCCGGCGCGGCCAGAGGAGGCGACGCGGGGGCCCCGGACGGGCCGCAGGACCAGGGCUCGGCAGCAGGACAGCCCGAGCCCGGGGAGGACCGCGCAGCUGGAGACCUGGGCAGCCGAGCAGGACGGGGGCCCUCUGGGGCCCAGGCUGGCGCCGUGGUUCUGGAUGACAGCCCAGCCCCACCAGCCCCUUUCGAACACCGGGUGGUGAGCGUCAAGGAGACGUCGACAGCGGCCGGUUACACAGUGUGCCAGCAUGACGUCCUGGGAGGGGGCCGGUUUGGCCAGGUGCACAGGUGCACGGAGAAGUCCACAGGCCUCUCGCUGGCAGCCAAGAUCAUCAAAGUGAAGAGUGCCAAGGACCGGGAGGACGUGAAGAAUGAGGUCAACAUCAUGAACCAGCUCAGCCAUGUGAACCUGAUCCAGCUCUAUGACGCCUUUGAGAGCAAGAACAGCUUUACCCUCGUCAUGGAGUACGUGGACGGGGGUGAACUCUUUGACCGGAUCACAGAGGAGAAAUACCAGCUGACCGAACUGGAUGUGAUCUUGUUCACCAAGCAGAUCUGUGAGGGUGUGCAUUACCUCCAUCAACACUACAUCCUGCACCUGGACCUCAAGCCGGAGAACAUACUGUGUGUCAAUCAGACAGGACAUCAAAUUAAGAUCAUUGACUUCGGGCUGGCCAGAAGGUACAAGCCUCGGGAAAAGCUGAAGGUGAACUUCGGCACUCCAGAGUUCCUGGCCCCGGAAGUUGUCAACUAUGAAUUUGUGUCCUUCCCGACGGACAUGUGGAGCGUGGGGGUCAUUACCUACAUGCUACUCAGCGGUUUGUCCCCGUUUCUAGGGGAAACAGAUGCAGAGACCAUGAAUUUUAUUGUGAACUGUAGCUGGGAUUUUGAUGCUGACACCUUUGAAGGGCUGUCGGAGGAGGCCAAGGACUUUGUUUCCCGCCUGCUCGUCAAAGAGAAGAGCUGCAGGAUGAGUGCCACACAGUGCCUGAAACAUGAGUGGUUGAAUAAUUUGCCUGCCAAAGCUUCAAAAUCCAAAGUUCGUCUCAAAUCCCAAUUACUACUGCAGAAAUACAUGGCUCAGAGGAAAUGGAAGAAACAUUUCUACGUGGUGACUGCUGCCAACAGGCUAAGGAAAUUUCCAACUUGUCCCUAAUUCUCAACUCUGCUGCUCCCGUGGGUCCAGAAGUUAUUGAGACUGGUGGUGAAGUGAUGACUCAAGGUUUUUGAUAAUCCGGUCUUGUACUAAUAUUGAUUCCACUUAUUUGUAAAGGAAGGUUAUGGCUGUUGCCUUCCUCAUGGAUGAAAAGUGGCUGUAAGGAAAGUGACCUACAAAAUUUUUUCUGCCUUCUGAGAUCAUACUAAGUUGAAAUGCGGUGUUUACUUUUCAAGUAUACCUGCUUUGGGUGAUAAGCAUAGGCAUGCUUUAGGUAGGUAGGAAAGCUUCUAUUUCGUAUAUGCCCAAUUUAAAGUCUAGACUUAUUCUGAUUGAAGAACUCAGUAGACUAUUACACGGGGACAUUCAGUGUUAUUCCCUCCAGCACAAAGAAUUCUUAGAACUUGGAUUUGCUCAAGUGUGAGCUGACAUCUUAUUGUACUACCCUGUGCUUGUGGAAAGCAAUGUGGAUUUAGGGCAAUGAUCCCCAAACUUGUUUUAACUUGUGCUUCCUUUUGAGAAUGAAGCCGCACAUCCUUUAAUAUUCUUUGAAACUUCAAAAUAUACCACUUCUCAUGGCUAAAUCAGAACAAUGAUCAUUUUGAAUGUGCUUUUAAAAUCUAUACACACAUCCACCUUCUCCUAAUCGGCCCUGUGCUGCCAUUGGUAGUCUUGGUCCUGAUCUCCCUUCCCUGGUUAUGAAUUUAUGGUCUAGUAAGUUUGGAACUGAUAUGCAAUAUGGAAAAGAGAGAGUGUAAUGAUGUGGGAUGCCUGGGUGGCUCAGUGGUUGAGUGUCUGCCGUUAGCUCAGAUCGUGAUCCCGAGGUCCUAGGAUUGAGUCUCACAUCAGGCUUCCUGCAGGAAGCCUGCUUCUCCCUCUGCCUAUGUCUCUGCCUCUCUCUCUGUCUCUCAUGAACAAAUAAAUAAAAAUGUUUAAAAAAAAGUGUAAUGAUGUGCCGCUGAAAGAAACGCCAAUGAUACAUCAUGAGACAAUAAACUGCUCUGCUACUGCUUUAUUAAGGAUAUACCACUUUUGAUGUUGUCAGUUAACUGACCUAUAAAAUGAAUAACACGAAGUACUUCAUUAUUUGAAAGUAAAGAAUGCUUUUAAUUUCCUCA